UUUAUUUCCAGUACUUUCUGGACAAUGUCGAAACUGCAAUGAGUCUAUAACUGUAACAGGAUCCCAAAGCAAAUAGCAUGGUUUUUCAAUACGCAGAUUGCUUCACUUGAAAUUACCGAGAUGGCAGUAGCGCUGCUGAACAGCAAUUUGCCACUGAGUGCAGGCAAUUUUAAAAGCCCAAGACUGAACUCACAAAGAUUCAAAUUCUCAAGGCGAAAAAUUUGUUGUCGAUUCAAUAAGAAUAGUGGUAUUUGUAGUGAAUCCAAUAAGAGCAAUAUUAUUUGUAGUCAAUUCAAUAAGAACAAUGGUAUCUAUAGUCAAUUCAGUAAGAAGAAUGAUGUUUGUAUUAAGAGAAGUAGAAAAGGAAUACUGGGUCCAGUAGCGCUUUCUGUCAAGUCCAGUGAUGAGGAAUCUUCAAUAGAUCAAAAUACGGAUAGUGCAAGAGAAGGUGGGAAUGUUGGCCUUGCAGAAAACCCGACAGAAAAUGAGGAGACCACAAUGGGGGAGGAGAAGAACAUAGAGCAAGAGAGUGACUGGAAGGCGGAUGAGGACUUCAAGAACUUUAUGGGUAAUCCCUCCAUUGAAGCAGCAGUUAAGCUGGAGAAAAAGAGAGCUGAAAGGAGGCUAAAGGAAUUGGAAAAGGACGCCUCGGGGAAUGUCUUUCAGAAAUUCUUUUCAAAUUUGCUCAGAAGCUCUGUUGCUCAGGAAAAGGAGAGGUUGGAGAAGGCAGAAGAAAAGUUUAAGGCCCUUGAUCUCAAUAAAUUAAAGAGCUGUUUUGGUUUUGACACCUUCUUUGCUGUUGAUGUUCGCCGCUUUGGAGAUGGUGGUAUUUUUAUUGGAAAUCUUAGAAGGCCUAUAGAAGAAGUCAUACCUAAACUGGAGAAGAAGCUAGCUGAUGCUGCGGGUCAAGAAGUUGUCCUUUGGUUCAUGGAAGAAGAAACUAAUGAUAUAAAAAAACAGGUUUGCAUGGUGCAACCAAAAUCAGAAAUAGAUCUCCAAUUCGAGUACACGAAACUCGAUACUCCUUUGGGCUAUAUUAGCGCAGCACUUCUUGGUGUUACAACGUUUGGGACAACUGCUAUCAUGAGUGGAUUCUUUGUAAAGCCAGAUGCUACUUUCGAUGACUACAUUGCCAAUGUUUUGCCUCUUUUUGGUGGCUUUGUCACCAUUCUCAUAAUUUCUGAGAUUGCAACACGAUGGACGGCAGCUCGCUAUGGGGUUAGGUUAAGCCCGUCAUUCUUAGUCCCAUCUAACUGGACUGGUUGUCUUGGAGUAAUCAACAAUUACGAAUCCCUCCUACCAAACAAAAAGGCACUGUUUGAUAUUCCUGCUGCUCGGAUAACAUCUGCCUAUGUCACUUCUUUUCUUUUAGUAGCCACAGCAUUCUUCCUUGAUGGUAGCUUUAAUGGAGGUGGCAAUGCCUUGUAUAUAAGGCCCGAAUUUUUCUAUAAUAAUCCACUGCUCUCGUUUAUCCAGUUUGUUAUUGGACCAUACGCUGAUGAGCUUGGAAAUGUUCUUCCCCGAGCAGUGGAGGGAGUUGGAGUUCCUGUAGAUCCCCUUGCUUUUGCUGGUCUUCUAGGUAUUGUUAUAACUUCAUUGAACCUUUUGCCAUGUGGGAGGCUCGAAGGAGGGAGGAUAGCUCAAGCAUUGUUUGGAAGAAAAGCGGCAACUUUACUUUCCUUUGCAGCGUCACUCAUACUUGGAAUUGGAGGACUAGGUGGUAGUGUUCUGUGCUUAUCAUGGGGGUUGUUUGCGACUUUCUUUAGAGGAGGUGAAGAACUUCCAGCGAAGGAUGAGAUCACACCGUUAGGUGAUGAGCGUUAUGUGUGGGGUUAUAUUCUUGCCAUCAUAUGUUUCCUCACCCUUUUCCCGAAUGGUGCAGGCACUUUUCCGAGUGCAUUCUACACUCUUCCAUACUUCAGGGGCGACUGAAUAGCCUAUCUCGGUCUAUCUUCAGAUAUGUAAUUUUUGGUUGGUUAAAGCAAGCAUCAAAGAGCUUCCUUGUGCAACGUGUAAAUAAUAAAACUAGCAAUUGCACCUUGGUGUGCAAUGGGUAUGCCGAAUAGGUAUGGGAGGUCAAUACGGAAAAAAAUUGGUCUA